AUUCGGUCGUCGACUGUUUAUUCCCAUUGCACAAGCGGAAAAAGGAAAUUUAAUUAAAGAUGUUCAAGUGUGCAGCUUUCUCUCAUUUAAAUGAUAUACAAAUUUGUUAGUGUUUAUAAUACUAGCAUCUGUGCGAGACUUCAUGAAGCAUUUUGCAUCUAUCAUUGAAACAUUCAUCGUAUUAAGCGCACCAAUUUUUCUUUGUUCAUGUUCAACAGAAACACCAAAAUGUGAAAAGGGCUUCAAAAACUGUUGUGCAAAUUACAAGUGGAAUAACGAAACCCAACAAUGCGAAAAAUGUUUACCAGGAUACAGUGGAGUAAAUUGUAGUCAAUCUUGUCCUUUUCCUUUUUUUGGAGAGGGAUGUCAAGAAAGAUGUGACUGUGACAACAACACAUGUGAUGUUUCCACCGAUUGUAAAAAUGUUACCACUGAUGGACAAACUUUUCCAUUUGCUAGCAAUGCAACAGAAAAUAUUUUAAUUGGAAUCAGUACUAUUUCCAAAACAGAGAAUUCUACUUUUGUCGAUGUCAGACGAGGAACCUCUUCUAGUAUAAAUGAACUUCUUCUCAUCCUUAUAGAGACGCUUGGAUGUGUGGAUCUUUUAUUAAUAUUUGCUCACUUUUUUGUGUAUAUCUAUGACCGGCGAAAUAGAACAGAUAUGAAUAGCAUCGAUACAACUGUCAAUUACCACAGAACAAACACGAUGUAUGAGAAUAUCGAUAUUAAUUUUCCCUCAACCUCGAAUUUAUAAUUUUUUUUUUAAUUUUUGUUAAUUGUAUUUAGUUUGCUUGUUUUGUAUGCUACAGGUACAUAUAGCAGUUGAAAUGUAAAAAAAAAGCAUAUUAAAAGGCUAAAAACUUUGCUUUGCCAUAUUUUUGUGCAUUUAGAGUAUUAUUGAUUUAAUUUUAUAUAAAGCAUGAUUCUAAGGGAUGAUUUGGGCCAAACUUGAGGAAGAAAAUUUUACAUAGGAGACAUGAAGAAAGGCAGUGUCAAAGAGAAUCAACAGAGCGAAUUUAAUUGUUGCCCACUUGUAAUUAGUGUCAUAGUAUGGGUCUCAUGUCUUACAGUGUAUGUGUAACAAUAUUAGCUUCUUGGAAAAAUGCAGGAUGAUUUAUGCAU